UCCCCCACGCCGCCCCCUGCGUACGGCGCCACCAAGCCGGGCACCGACGCCGACUUGGUGUCUGCAGCAGAGGCCUUGACCCAGCUCACCAACGCCAGCUCUCCCGGGUCCGCGACGGCUGGUUCCUCGCCUGUUCCCACAUACACCGACGCUAGCACCGGUCCUCCCACCCCCAGCCAACAUCCGUUGAUCACCCAGGUCAACCAGGUCACCAAGCAUCCCAUCGUCACCAACGCCCUCAAGUACUACGAGACCUCCAAGCGUAACUAUGCCCCCUUCAACUAUGCCGCCGAGAUCGUGGAAAAGGCUGCCAUUCCUGUGGUCAACAAGAUCGAGGUCAACUUGAACAAUAGGCAUCAGGCGCGCAAGUUGCGCCGCGAGCAGGCAGCAGCAGCUGCCGCAGCAGAGAAGACAGAUGACCCCGAGUCCCGCUCCAAGAAGAGACGCUUGGCUCCGGACGACGCACAGGACGAGACGGUGUCCAUCGAAACCAAGAAGCGGUUGCAGUUCUGCUUACACAUCCUCCGGUUGGCCAACGACCACAUCAACAACAGUGUCAGCUUCUUGCAGCAGAAGGUGGCAGACAAGGAAAAGUCCAUCAAAGAAGAGCGCGAGAACUUGAUCCAGAAACAACAGGAGAAGCAACAGGAGGAAAAGCAGCAGCUCGACUUUAGUCUGGACAAUAAGAUCCAGGCAGACAUCCCCAGCGACGCUGCGCUACAAACCAAGACAGAAAUCGCCACUACCGUCAAGAAGAUCAUCCAUCUCAUAUCCAAUUUCAAGCCAUCCUCGCUCAGCACCGAGGGGUUGUCUCCAGUGUCCAGCAAUGCCACGGUAGUGUCUCAAGACAACGGUGACUUGAAGGCCACCAUCCGCGAUAUAAUAUUGAAGUUACCUUCCACCAUCCAGCAGUCAGCAUUAUCCAACACCACGUCCUCGCAGACCAACGACAAAAUAUUCGUGUUUGCCAAGGAGUCGUUGGACAUGAUCUCCAAGCUUACCAAUGUGUUCAACGAGCAGUUGGUGAGAGCAGAGACCUGGGUGGGCGGAGAG